GGAAUUGAUAGCAUACCUCCCUAAGAACCUUUUCCCAUAGAAAAACCUGGAAGCGGGGGAGCGUGUUGGAUUUUAUUAAUGCUUUUUUUCUUUAUUGGUCAAAAUGCUUGAGAAGCUUUCUAGUUUGGGAUUCUUCUCACCUCUGGUGCCAGCUCUACUUCAUCUCUUUGAAUUCUGGGUAUAUAAACAGAUGAAGUAGAGCUGGCUUCAGAGCUAUCUCUUCUCUUGCUGGGUUUUAUCUUCUCUGCAAAUUCCAGUAAGGAUCAAAGGGGAAAAAGAAGUAUAACUCCUAUAGGCUUUAGAGCCAUCUGUUCUCUUCUCUUGCUGGGCAGUUUUUGUCCAGAGAUGUGGCAAGUGUGGGUACUCGUCCUCAGCAUUUCGGUUUGGAGUCCAGCUUGUGUCAAUGGAAAAACAAGACCAGAAGACGCUUCUGCAAUUGCGGUAAUGUACAGCAACCUAAAUUCUCCACCUCAGCUAACAGGUUGGAGCUCAAGCAGUGGUGGUGAUCCGUGUGGGCAGUCCUGGAGAGGUGUAUCCUGUUCAGGCUCUGCAGUUACAGAAAUAAAAUUAUCAGGUCUUGGACUUACUGGGUCAAUGGGGUACCAGCUAACAAGUCUAACUUCUUUAACGAUCCUUGAUAUGAGUAACAAUAAUCUUGGAAACCAGAUACCCUAUCAACUCCCUCCGAAUGUGCAGCAACUAAAUCUCGCUGGAAACUCCUUCAAUGAUGCGAUCCCUUAUUCAAUUUCCCAGUUGACUUCUCUUAACUACCUAAACAUCAGUCAUAAUCAAAUUCAGGGCCAAGUGGGUGACAUGUUUGGAAAGCUCUCCGCCAUUACCACAUUGGACUUCUCUUUCAAUGAAUUGACGGGUAACCUUCCUACGAGUUUUAGCUCCCUUUCAGGUGUGACUACCAUGUAUUUACAGAACAACCAAUUUACAGGUCCCAUUAAUGUCCUUGCAAAUCUUCCCCUUCAAAAUUUAAAUGUUGCAAAUAACCAAUUUAGUGGCUGGAUUCCUAACCAGUUGAAAAACAUAAACAUUUUGCAGACUGGAGGUAACUCAUGGAAUUAUGGGCCUGCACCACCACCUCCACCAUAUACAUCUCCACCAAGUGGAUAUACCAAUCAAAACAAACCUAGUACCUCUAAUGGUAAUACAUCAGGUAUUGGAGGUGGAGGUGUAGCAGGAAUAGUAAUAUCAAUUUUGGUCGUUGGCGCAAUAGUAGCAUUCUUCUUAAUGAAAAGGAGAUCCAGAAGGCCUGCAUCAGAUGUUGAAAAGGUUGACACUGAUCGACCUUUCACUCCCCUUGUUUCGAGUGAAUUUAAAGAAGAAAAGUCUAUUCAGACAUCCUCUGUGAUUAACGCAAAGACUCUGGAAACUUCGGCAUUGAUGAAUCUGAGUCCUCCCCCUAUUGAUCGGCACAAAUCAUUCGAUGAACAUGACCUUUCAAAAAAUCCAGUCGUUGUCAAGAAAGCUAAAACUGCUCCAAUAAAUGCUACAAUGUAUUCAAUAGCAGACCUGCAGAUGGCUACAGGCAGCUUUAAUGUGGAAAACCUUAUUGGUGAGGGGUCUAUUGGACGUGUUUAUCGAGCCCAAUUGGACGAUGGGAAGGUUCUUGCUGUGAAGAAAAUUGAUUCAUCCGUUCUGCCAUCCCAAUCAUCUGAAGAUUUCAUAGAGCUUGUUUCCAACAUCUCCCGGUUGCAUCACCUGAAUGUGACUGAGCUAGUGGGAUACUGUUCUGAGCAUGGGCAGCACCUGCUAGUUUAUGAGUUUCAUAGGAAUGGUUCACUCCACGAUUUCCUACACCUCUCAGAUGAAUACGGCAAACCAUUAACAUGGAACACCCGUGUCAAGAUUGCCUUGGGGACUGCACGUGCAUUAGAGUAUCUUCAUGAAGUUUCUUCGCCAUCUGUUGUUCAUAAGAAUUUCAAUUCUGCCAACAUUUUACUGGAUGUGGAGCUGAAUCCUCGCCUUUCAGAUUGUGGCUUGGCAAACUUCAUACCAAAUGCUGAUCAGGUAUUGAACCAUAACAUGGGAUCCGGAUAUAGUGCACCUGAGGUUGCAUUGGCUGGCCAAUAUACCAUAAAGAGUGACAUAUACAGCUUUGGAGUGGUCAUGUUGGAGCUUCUUACUGGUCGGAAACCAUUUGACAGCUUGAGGCCAAGAUCUGAGCAGUCGUUGGUUCGGUGGGCAACACCUCAGCUUCAUGACAUUGAUGCUUUGGCUGAGAUGGUUGAUCCAGCUCUCAAAGGUCAAUAUCCUGCCCAGUCCCUCUCACGUUUUGCUGAUGUGGUGGUUCUGUGUGUCCAGCCAGAGCCAGAGUUCCGACCACCCAUGUCCGAAGUGGUGCAAGCACUUGUUAGGCUGGUGCAGCGAGCAAACAUGAGCAAGAGAACCACUGCAGAUGAGCAAGGAGGAAGCUGGUGAGCAGUUGAUUCUGACAUACAGAGGAGUACUACAUGUUUUAAGUGGCAUAAGCUGGGUUUGUUCUCUGUUGAUAUGCGAUGUAUUCGUUAUCUUGGGUCAAUGAAUAGAGAAGAGGCAAGGAAAAAGAGUGAGGGAUGGGGGUGGAGGAGCUUUGUUUUCAAAAAGCAUGGUUACACACUUGGUUACACACUUGUAAUGGAUAUGUAUACAUUCUUUAUUCUUUGCAAGGAGUACUGAACAACACUUUCCUUCUGAAUGUUUGUAAUUUAGUUUCAUAAUCAUAUGUCUUCACUUUGCUUCCUCCA